AUGGGAUCAUGUGUGAAUUCAAUUGAGUUCAGUGAUGAUUAUGAUGAUUGGCCAUUUGCCGGUCCCACCUUUACUGAAUGGGCUGUUGAUAUGUCUUGGGAGAUUGAUGGUUCAAAAGUUGCUCCAGGAGAUACGUUUGAAUUAUACAUGUUGUGCGUUUACAAGGUCACUAGUUAUGAUGAUCCGAUUGAAUUAAGAGCGGGAGAUAUUGUUUAUGCCACUUGUCUUCCAGUUCAUGGGGAAGUGCUGUUAUUCUAUUCGUAUUUGAAAUGUACUAUUGAAGAUACGGUGACCCCAGAUCUUUUGGUCCAAGGGGAGGUUGAAUUUCCUGUUGUGUUCAACGCUGGAGGAACUUCGGGCGAUAGUGAUUUAAUAUGUGCCGAAUAUUUCCAAGAAGGAGAAAAUACGAUCCGCUUUACUGAUAAUAGUGGGGAUCUUCUAGAAGCCACUGCUGUUUUCGAAGGGGGAGCUCUUGGACCACCGGUAGAUGAUAUUGUGUUCCACAAUAGAGAGAUACCAGACUCUCGCUAUCAGGCUCAUGAUCUUUUGGCUGGUAAUUGUGAAAACGGCUAUAAAUCAGGUACUCUAGGAAUGAAUUUAAGAAGUGGUGGUAGUUUCAUAUGUGACAGUGUGAAAGCUGCCAUUACAGACCAGUUAAACGAUUGGUUCAUUCCAGCAAAUGCUUCUCCGUAUCCCUUUGAGGUUGAAUGUACCGAAACUAAUAUUACCGUUAAUUAUGGGGAAAUCCCUGCAGGAUAUAGACCCUUUAUGGACUCAAUACUUAUUCCUCCUUCGGGUUUAGAACAAUAUGUUAUGCAAUAUGUUAAUAGAUACACAUGUGCUGAUUCGAUUGACGAAGAAGAUAAGCUGUUAAUCCUUGCUUGGGAAGCUUAUGUAGAUUACGAACCUCCAGAGGCUGAAGGGACCAAGUAUGAAUAUGUAACUUCCACUGGGGAUGGUCAUAGGAUUUCUACCCUUCCUUAUGAUGAAGGUGCUCUAACAGUUACAAUUCUUGUUGAGGUUCCAAUUCCAACUGUUACUGUUACUACUGAAUACCAUGGAGAUAGUACAUCUUGUACCCUUAUUUACACCGCAACACCUGGAGAAACGGCUAGUGUUCUCUGCUAUGAACCUAUUGAUCCCGAACCUACACCUGUUGAUCCCGAAAGCACACCUGUCGAUCCAGAAUCUACACCUGAAGAUCCUGAAAGUACACCUGAUGAUCCUGAAAGUACGCCCGGAGAUCCCGAAAGCACACCUGUCGAUCCAGAAUCUACACCUGAAGAUCCUGAAAGUACACCUGAAGAUCCUGAAAGUACACCUGUUGAUCCAGAACCUACACCUGAAGAUCCUGAAAGUACACCUGUUGAUCCAGAACCUACACCUGAAGAUCCUGAAAGUACACCUGUUGAUCCAGAACCUACACCUGAAGAUCCAGAAUCUACACCUGAAGAUCCUGAAAGUACACCUGUUGAUCCAGAACCUACACCGGUCGAUCCUGAAAGUACACCUGAAGAUCCCGAAAGCACACCUGUCGAUCCAGAAUCGACACCUAUUGAUCCCGAACCUACACCUGUUGAUCCCGAAAGCACACCUGUUGAUCCAGAAUCUACACCUGUUGACCCAGAGUCUACGCCUGCUGAUCCAGCAUCAACACCUAUUGAACCAGAAUCAACACCUGCUGAUCACGAAAGUACUCCUGGUGAGCUUGAAUCUACACCUGGUGAACCUGAAUCUACACCUGGUGAACCUGAAUCUACACCUGGUGAACCUGAAUCUACACCAGUUGAUGCUACUACUCCAGAUGAACCAGAAACUACUCCUGAGAUCACUCCAGAUGAAGUAACAACUGCUGAUGAACCUGAAUCCAAGCCAACUACUUCGCCAGAUGAAGAGACGGUAGAGCUGUUGGAUUCAACACCAAGACCGAAAUCACCACUGUCGCCAGGUUCACUGCCCUCUGAGAAGAGUGAAAUUGAUGUAUCUACAAAAUGUGUGAAACAAUGUCAGAGAUUAUCCCCAGUAUGCUUAUGCCAUUGGAAGACGUUUCUCUACGAACGGACUACCACUGCCACUACUAUAAGUGUUCCUGAAUGUACAAAAGACGGUAGAGUUAAAACAGUGACGGUUUGUGAAAAUAAAACAUGUUCAGUUACUACAACUUGGAUUGCUUCAACUAAGACCGUUGAACAGCCUGGUGCUGUUAUUUCUCCAAAGACACAACCUAGUCCUGCUGCUCCAACAAAGACAGAUAAACAACCUGUUCCUGUUCCUGUCCAUUCUUGUCCUACAGGCAAACCUUGCUCGGUUCAACCUAGCCCUGCUCCAGAAAAUCCUCGUCCUGCUCCAGCUCCAGAACAACCUGCUCCACAACCUGCUCCAGAACAACCUGCUCCAGUUCCCGAACAACCAGAGGUAGUAGCUUCGCAAAAACCAGAACCAGAAGAAACGAUGGUUUUGGCAGAUAGUGGAUCUUUAGGAUUGGUGUCACUGUUUGUUAUUUUCUUCUCGAUUGUGAUGUUGCUUUAG